CCCUCUCUGCAGCCUCAGGAAGUUCUGACUUUUUCCUCUCAGCUAAAAAGUUUUUCUGUUCAGAGGUGGAGAGGGCAGCUGAGGCGACUAAACCAGAAGGACAGGCUGAGCUAGACCCUGGGCGAGGGGCACACAACAAUACAGUCCACUACACUAGAUAUGGGACUUUAAUGUAAAUGAGAGAGCAAAUGUACAUUGUGUAUAUGAGGCAAACAAAGAGCUAGCGAGGGAACGGAUAUCAACACUCCAAGGAGAAGCUGAGAGACCAGGGAGACACUGAGACCCAACAGAACUGUCAUCAUGAAGUCCUGGAUGGUGCUUACGCUGCUUAUUGGAGGUUAUGUAGUCUACCUCCUACUGGGCGCAUGGGUGGUCUCCAGCAUUGAAGCUCCAUAUGAAGGAAAACUAAGACAAGAGCUCAAGCAACUAAAACAGAUAUUCUUGAAUGAGAGCCCAUGUGUCAAUGAGAGUGGAUUGGAAGCUUUCCUUGAGAAGGUGAUCAGUGCCAACAAAUAUGGAGUUUCAGUCUUAUUCAAUGCCUCCAGUGACAGCAAGUGGGAUAUGGCGUCUUCCCUGUUUUUUGCCAGCACCUUGGUGACUACUGUUGGUUAUGGAUACACCACUCCACUGACAGACUCCGGGAAAGCAUUCUGUAUCUUCUAUGCUCUUGUUGGCGUCCCUUUCACCAUGCUGGUUCUCAGUGCUGCUGUCCAGCGUCUCAUGGCCACCUUCACCUACAGACCUAUUCGUUACCUCCAGCUUCACAAAGGCUUUGACCGGAAGAAAGUGACCAUAGUCCACGUAGUUGUCAUAAGUCUGUUGGUGUUGAUUCUGUUUCUUAUUAUUCCUGCUGCCAUAUUCAACGCCAUAGAAAGUUCCUGGAGUUUCCUUGAUGCCUUCUACUUCUGUUUCAUUUCCUUGUGCACUAUCGGCCUAGGAGACUACGUCCCAGGGGAGCAGAAUAACCAAUGGUUACGACAACUCUACAAAGUGUCCGUUGCAUUUUACCUCUUACUUGGUCUUAUGGCCAUGCUGCUCGUCCUUCAGACCUUCCACAAGGCCGCCGAUCUUCAUGGACUCACCGACCUCUUCUACCUCCCUCACCUCCAUGACCUGGAAGACCAGGAGCCCAUUCUGGACACCCCAGACUCUGCCACUAUCAAGGAGGCUGAGCCCAAGAAACCAUUCAAUACAACAACUCAAGCUGGGUACUCAUCCAUCAAUCGAUAACCUAAACAGACAAAAGCUGUGGGGCCAAAUAAACUUUUUAAAGGACAAUAUACUGUUUCUAGUGCAUUCAAAGUCCGAUAUGCUAUUCAGCUGCCAUCCAAACUAUAUAACCUGACUAACCUCAUGCCAAUGUGCCAUCCUGUUUUAGGUUCUGUAGUCCAUAUGUAUGGGUUUUGGUGCCAGUUCAACUUUGAGCUGAUGUAAUUUUAUCACAGAAAUGUGAUUAUUUUUUUUAUACAUUCAAUAUUCACUUUUUUUAUUACCCAUAACUUAGAAUGCACAUGAUUGGUAUCACCUAUUGUGAAAAAAUGCACAUUCUUAUUAUUCAAUUAAAGCAGAACUCCAGCUAAUAUAACAAGAUAAAAAUGAAUUGUCCUUUAAAAGAUACAAUCAGAUUUUACUGCAAUAUUCACCUUUAAGCCAUAGAUUUCCCCUGCAGUACAUUUUUUCUGCCACUAGAUGCAUGUUCAGUCUGAUGUCCAGCAUAAUUCAACCAGUUUCUGUGAGCCCAGUUCAUCCAGGACCUUCCCGGUCCAUUGACAGGACAUAAAAGCAGAACAGCACAGUGAUGAGCUCAUUCCUUAUGUCGCUGCUUUCCCCUAAUAUCUGAAUGCUCCUUGCAAGCACUUGAACAGAUUUGAUCCUUGUGCUGAUUCUUUCUGUCACACGUACAGAGACUCCAAGAGGCUGAUACCAGGUCAAAUUCAGGCACUGCUUGCAUUGCAAAAAAGAACAGAUGCAGUAAUGAUUACAGAGCUGCAUUCAUUUGUAUCAAAAUUAAGGAGUUUAGCUUUAAGUUGACUAAAAAUAGCGUAGUAAUCGAAACCUUUAUAGUUCACAUUAUUUUAUUCAAUGUAGUUGUAGUUUUUGACACGAAAGGACUCCUGUUAUUUUUAUUUUUUAUUUGUAUUUACAUGUUCUUUAAAGAUCUGCACUUUCCAAUGUAAGCCUUUCAAUGUUCAAGAUGACUUUUUAUGGUCAAACUUCCGUGUUGUGUAUGUAUGACAGUUCAAACCUGUGCAGAGGGAACGAUCUUGUCUGUAUUAAGUACCUGGGUGGUUUUGGGGGAAACAUGCAUGUGAUACCUAUGUAAAACUUCUUGCAUGUUUCUACACAUUUGACGCUCUCUCAGGCAGAAAAGGACCAGCCAGGAGAUUAAAGCUAGCCAUACACUUUAAGGGUUUCUCUUUUUUUAGCCCGUGGACUAAACAAGAGAAAAUCAAUAGAUUCCCUUAUUCACGCUAAAUAGCACGAAUGUAGGAAUCUUCACUGACAAGUGUUUGUAUUCAGGUAGCUUCAGCUGCCAGAAUACUUGGACGAUUGCAUCUGAUAGGAGGCAGUCCAUGUUCAACCAAGAAAUUUCCGCCCAACUCAGUCAAUUUUUAAUUGACUUUUUCAAGCUGGUAAUGCUGACAGGGCCAUCCAUGGCUUGAAUUUUGGCUGAUUCAGCAGAAUUUUUUUUAAAUUCAAGCAGUGUAUGGCUAGGAUUAACGAACUGAAUGAUGACUGCAAAACCAUCUGACAAGUUUCAAUUCUCAUGUUUUAUUGAGGGCUUAAACUAUUUUGGUUUGGUGCUCCCACAGUCAGGCCUAUCGUUGACCCCUAAAUAUAUAUGUGGUAGGCUGGGGUCAAACAGACUAAAUUCUAAGCAGUCUUUUGACUUGGAAGGCACAUGACCAAUUAGGCCGAAAUUCUACAGCUUCAGAAAACACUCAUGUAAAAAAAAACGUCCAACGUUACAAACCUUGUCUGUUGCAUCCUGUGGUAGUCCAUGGAUAUUCUGAUGUUUGCUUGACUUCAAUAGUAUGGGCAGGAUUGGACAACAGACAAUUUGUAGGUAAGCCACAAUAAAUUAAAGCCCAACUCUGGGAAACUUGAAAAGGAUCUCUUGCUGUGUGGGAGCAGUGUUAACUUUUUGUUUAGGUCUAGGGGACUUCAAGAGACGAUUUACUUAACCGCUCCUCUGUGCUGCUAGACUGGUACCCACAGCCUUUUCUCCCCUACGCUCCAGUGGUCCGGGGUACUGAUGUUGUCAAGCCAAUGCGUUGGACGUGAUGGUGCAGAGGAACAGUCCGCCACCAGAGUGUGAGGGAGCGCCAUCUGCUGGGGCAGCAGAGAAUCAGGUAAGUAAACCGGUUUCUCCUCUCCCCAUGACAAAAUGCGCAGGCACAGCCCCAUUGCAAGGUAUAACAUUCACAUUUCCGGGAGUUGGGCUUUAGGAGAAGGAAGAAUCAUGAGGCAAUAAAGUUGUACUGAUUACUAUUAAGCAUUGUUUUUAGCUGUAGAAACUAAAUGACAAGCCUGGCAUGAUAUAUAAUAAUAUCAAGUUUAUUCAGAAAAGCGGUGUAAAGAAAUAACGAUGUAGUAAGUUCUGUCCUCCAUAGACUGACUACAGUAGACUAAAGCCAGGUUGGUGGCUGAGAUGGAUUCUGAUUAGCUGUAAUUGUUGCACUUUGUUGUUUUCUUUUUUUUAUUUGAUGAUUGUGGUAAGCGUACCACAUAAUAAAGGGAAUUGUGAGAUUGUUGUAAAUGUCAAUAUGAAUGUCAAAAUGUUCAGACAUUCCAGAAGGUGUUUAAAAUCGUA